UUAUAAUCAAUUUUUCCAGAAAUUAAUGCAUGUACCAUAGAAUUUUCCAGAUUAUAUAUAGAUCGAGCAGAGGAUAGGAACCCAUGGAAUAGCCCAAUGGCAGCCCGCGCCAUGAAUAGCUGCCGCUCCGCUUCGUCUCAUCCGCCGUUGUUGGCGACGAACUUACAGAGCUGGCAUGCCCAGCACCAGUUCAGUAUACGGCGGUUCCAGAGAUACCAUAGUUUGCAUUCUCGGUUCUCAUUUCCCCGUUCCGAACUUUGUUCGAUCGGUCGUGGCAGUGUUCGGAGUUACUCUGUCCAAAUCUUAUUUCAAACCGUCAUGGAAGAGCUGCAAUCGAUGCGCAAACAAUGGCAAAUUCAUGCUUCUUCCGAAUUGGGAUUAACAAGCACUGAUGAGCUUUUCCAAGACAAAGUAGAAAAGCGGACUAUGCAAAGGGGGUUGCUGCUAGAAUUCAAGAAGGACACUGAAAGGCUAUUGCUAGCAGUUGCUCUCAGACCUGAUGGGAAAAAGAAUUGGAUGGUCUUGGAUCAGAAUGGUGUAACAGCCUCAAUUAAACCACAGCAAGUUACUUUUAUUGUUCCUGGGAUUGAUAAUUUUGACCCCAUCAACAUAUCAAACUUUGUCCAGAAAGCGUGUGAUAACCUGGAUCCUGCUCUACUUGAGUUUGCAUGGAAUGAGCUUCUUGAUAAUAAUAAAUCUGUCACGCUGGAUGAACUGGCAGAGAUGAUUUUUGGUAGUGCGGAACCUCUUGAGAGCUAUUGUACCCAUCUUUUAUUAUCUAGAGAUGACAUAUACUUCACUCGUUUGGGGACUAAAGGUUCUCAUUCUAUUUAUGGACCUCGACCCCCUAGACAGGUACAUGAACUUCUACAAAGGAAGAUUGCUAAAGAGGCUGAUGAGACAGAACUUGAGGAGUUCAUUCAGUUGCUAAAAUCUAUUAAAGAGAGGCCUCCACAUGCCAAACCUCCAAAAGCUAUGUGGAUGACUGAAACAAAAAAUUGGGAGAAAAUCCAGUCUCUUGAAGAUUUUGCUGUUGAUAAUUGUAUCAAUGAUGACCGAAAGAGAUUGGCAGGGGCGAUCCUCAAAGCCAUGGGCAUGGCUAAAACGUCAUCCUCAGCAGUUACUCUUCUUAUGAAUAUUGGAUAUUUCCCUGUACAUGUCAAUCUUGAUUUAUUAAAACUGAACCUUCCUACUGAUCAUCGGGAUGAUGUUGUAUUGGCUGCAGACAAUAUUUUAUUAGAGUCAACUAGCAUGUGUGAGGUUGAUAGAAUAGAUCUGACUCACCUGAAGGUUUACGCAAUAGAUGUUGAUGAAGCUGAUGAGCUUGAUGAUGCAUUGAGCGCAACAAGGCUUGAUGAUGGCCGGAUACGAGUCUGGGUACAUGUUGCAGAUCCAACUAGCUUAGUUCAGUCAGGGAGCAUUAUAGACAAAGAAGCUAGGAGAAGAGGAACCUCCCUGUUCUUGCCCACUGCUACUUAUCCAAUGUUUCCUGAAACUUUGGCCAUGCAAGGCAUGAGUCUUAAGCAAGGGAAACAGUGCAAUGCUGUUACUGUAUCUGUCAUUCUGCACUCCGAUGGCAGCAUUUCAGAAUACUCCGUGGAAAACUCUAUCAUUAAACCAACGUAUAUGCUGACAUAUGAAAGUGCAUCUGAACUUCUUCAUUUGAACUUGGAAGAGGAGGUAGAGCUAAAGAUUCUUGCUGAGGCAGCUAAACUUCGGUUUAGGUGGCGUCAACAACAGGGUGCAAUAGAUACAUGUACCUUACAAACAAGAAUUAAGGUGACGAAUCCUAAUGAUCCAGAGCCUUCAAUGAAGAUUUAUGUUAGCAAUCAAAGUGACCCAGCUAUGCGACUUGUUUCUGAGAUGAUGAUACUUUGCGGAGAGGUUAUUGCCAUGUAUGGUUCCUACAAUAUGAUACCGUUGCCCUAUAGAGGACACCCACAAUCAAAUAUUGAUACAUCUGCAUUUGCACAUCUUCCUGAAGGGCCUGUUAGAAGUUCUGCUAUUGUUCGAAUCAUGCAUGCAGCUCAAAUGGACUUCAGGAAGCCAAUACGUCAUGGGGCAUUGGGAAUUCCCGGAUAUGUCCAAUUCACAUCGCCUAUACGUAGAUACAUCGAUCUUUUGGCUCAUUAUCAGGUGAAAGCAUUCAUUAGAGGUGAUCCUCUUCCCUUCUCGCCAGGGGAGCUUGAAGGGAUGACAUCUACGAUUAACAUGACAACUAGAGUUGUAAGGAGGCUCUGCAGUAGCAGUCUUCGUUAUUGGGUAUUGGAGUACCUGAGAAGGCAAUCAAAAGAUGUGAAAUUUUGUGCUGUUAUCCUCAAAUUCAUCAAAGAUAGGAAUGCAUCAGUACUCUUGUUGGAGGUAGGAAUAGAAGCUAAUGUUUGGGUGUCUAUUGGUAAACAGAUAGGGGAUGAACUAGAAGUUCAAGUUGAAAAAGCUCAUCCUCGUGAUGAUAUUCUCUCUCUUAAGGAGGUUUUAGUUGCAUAGCAGUGCUCUUCCCCAUAUUGAUUGCCUGCAGAGGAGAUGCACUGCAAAGAGCCUACUGAAGGACUGAUGACCAUUUUCUCAAGUGCUUACCAAUGGCUACAAUACAUAGUCUUCAGUUAUUGGACUUGCACAACUAUGGGACCUGUUGUGAAGAAAGCAGUUGGUUUCUGCUGAAGAGUUCAGCAAAAAAUGGCAUUAAGUAGUCAUGUUGAGGAAAUACUUUGAUCAGAGUCCAUAUCAGAUUGACAGAUUGUUUCACAUCAAAGUGGAAAUGGUGUCUUCUAAGUUAAGUUUCGGUUUAGUUUGAUGUUGGGUGUCUGACAAGAUUGAUUCUUGUAGAAAAAUGUUACAUUAUUUUUUCUGAGUAAUUUGAUGUACAUAUCAAGUCGGAUAGACUAGGAUAGAUGCAGUUAGUUGUAGAUAAGCUCAUAGUUAUCUAGAUCCUAAUUUUUAGGAUCUGUACUAGCUCAUAGUUAUCUGUACAAAGUGUAUUUAUACUCGGGCCAUUUGGCUUAUUCAAUCAAGGAAAUUUAUUCCUCAAA